AUGCGAAAGUCGGUUCCUUUGUGGGCGGUGACCAUUGAGUCUUGUAGCGAGGACGAGGACUCUUCAGAUGACUCUAACGCGUACGACUCGGAUUCGGACAAUAGCGAGUCCUAUUCAGAUCUAGGCUCCCCCGAAUCCGAGCAAAUGAUUGUCGAAAUCUUGGCCGCCCGAGAAGCGAUGGGCGCAAGAACCGCGUCGCAAGGCGGCGGCGGCAGCAGCAGCAGCAGCAGCAGCAGCAGCGGCAGCGGCGGCAGCAGCGGCGGCGGCAGCAGCAGCCGCAGCAGAGACGCUGAGCGACGCGUCGCGGUGAAGAAGACCGCGGAAGGCGCAGACCCGGCGCGCGGAGCCGCGCACGGCGUGGCGACGGUGACGGCGCGCGCUGAGAGCGACGGAUCCGCGGAACUUGGGCCCACCGCUUGCGCAACGGGACAUGCGACGGGACAUGCGGCGCCGAAGGUUUCGAACAAUAGUUACAGUGCAACAUGCGAGGCAGGAGCUGCAGAGCGAGUAAUGGGAAGCAGCGGCGUCGCCAGCCGCGCCGCUGUAGGCAGCAACGUAGCAGCUCACGCGCGGUCCGUGUCCGUGAGUGACGCCGCGGCGGCCGGCGCGGGUCACGACAAAACGCACCAGUGGCUCAUGUCGCGAUACCUCGAAUCCGCCCAGCCUUCCGCGGAUCCGUUUUUCCGCCGCUCGCCCUUCCGCCUCGAUCUUCCGCUCACCGCAGCCGCCGCGGCGCCUUUAUCCCCCGCGUCGCCUUCCCCUCGCGCCUUUAUCCCCCGCGUCCCCUAUUCCGCCUCCGCUUCCCCCCCCUGUUCCGCGGACCGCUUCCACUAUUCCCCUUCCGCUAGCUAUUACUCUGCCUCCCCCGCCCCCUACGCGCAACCGCUCGCGCCUCUCCGCUGCAACUCCGCCUCCCGCCCCGCCUGGGCGCAUCCCGCCGUCAUUCCCCAGAGCCAGAGCGCGACCGCGAAGGGGGACCCGUACGCGUUUCUGCACGCCAGCCCGUUUCGUUACAGUCACGACUGCUACGACAGCGACGAGGAGAAAGGUGGCAAUGCUGGCGACGACGGCGGUGACAGUAACGAUGGUGAUAAUGUUGAUGCUAAUAGAAAUGGCGGUGACAAUUACGAUUAUGCUGAUGGAAAUGGCGGUGAUGGCAGCAGCAGCGUGGCUGACGGUGGGGAAAUUGGUGGGGAACGCGCACAAUCAGCACUUAACAGCAGCAGGCGAAAUCCAAUCUUCUCGGAGAAUAGUGGAUGGGCCAUGGAUGGGAGUGGAACGGCAAACGGGCCUAUGGAGAACGAUCCUAGAUCGGACAAUCCUUUUGAGACGUCUCAAAGGUCAAUAGGCGGAAGUAGACCAAACGGGAACACGGAGAACCGUCUUCACCAAGACGGAGAUAAGGCGCUAGACUGCCAGCAAAUCCACCAAUGCGAUCACGCCACGUCAGCAAUGAGAUCUGCUUCGGACUCUGGAGAUGCUGCCACGUGGCCACCUGGGAGUGGUGGUCGUCCACGCAUGGAUGAGCUCCGUCAAGCACAUGCUGAUUCGCAAGAUGCGUGCAGCACAGGCAGCAACAGCCCGAGCAGAAACGCCAGUGCGAACGACCGAAGCAGCAGAGGCAGCAGAAACAGCAGGUUUGGUGGGGAAGAAAGCAAGAUCAGCGGUGGUGGUGGUGGGAGCAGCAGCGGCAGCCGCUUCGACCCACCUCCUCCUCCUGCUGCUGCUGCUGCUGCUGCUGUUGCGGCUGCUGUUGUCACUGCUGGGCAGGUCACUAACAACACUACUAUGGAAUGGAAUCCCUCUCCCACUGUGGCCUUAAUGCACUGCCCUGGCAACAAGGCUGGCGGUAUUCUCAUGGAGCCCUGUGACACAAACGAAGCAGCUUAUAUCGAGAACCAGAGCGGUUACUGGGGCAUGCUGUAUGGUGGACGGGGUGCCGCUGUGGGUGGCGUGUGUGGUGCUGAGAGUGCGGCUUGUGGGCGGGCGGGGGAGCCUGCCGCAGCAUGCCAGGGGGUGUGUGAGGAAGGCUGCUGCUGUGGGGACGUUCGUGCAUGGAGUGAUAAGGCUGCUGCCCCUGGCGUUGUAUUUUGUGGCAAAAUACGCUCUCUAGAACCUGUUUUCAUGCUCAGCAAGUACGGUACUUGCGAGGGCGUGCUGCAUGGUGGACGGGAUGCCGCUGUGGGUGGAGUGUGUGGUGCUGAGAGUGCGGCUUGUGGGCGGGCGGGGGGAAGGAGUGUAGGGGACGUUACUGCAAUGCUUUAG